CGCUAUAGAAACAGUAUUAUUAGUAUAAGCCCUAUUUAAAGGACUGCCGUGAGGUUCAUUGAAUGCGUUCAGAAUUGUUGGAGGUAUUGUCAGACGACAUAUCGACUAGUCGUCUACAGUAUCGUUACUAAUAGGUCUAGUUAUGUUGUCUUUGCCACGUGACCUAGUUUAUCUAGAUUAGAUCUAAACCACUAGAAUGAUUAGAUCUAGUUUCUAGACCUAAGAUGAUAUCGAUAGAUAACAUAGACAUAAAAAGUCACAACUUUGACAACCUAUGGUAGACUACGAUUCUACGAAUCUAUUGGCACAGUUACUUCCCUUUGCAAACAAUGGCUGCCGAUGUUGUGUGGAUUGACUAUUAAUCAGGUCACAUGUGGCUUUGACUACAUCAGUGCCAUCAUCAUGCGUCAGUGGAAGUACGUUGCCGCAAUGCUGGCUUUCUGGUUGUGUAUUGUCCUUUACAUGACCAUGUCUGUCCCAUCUGGACAAGAGACUGUGAGCAAGACAGAGCGGAGUUUGGCCAAGGCAAUGGAAGAGCUGGAGAAACUCAAUUUACAGAACAUUGAGUUAAAGCAGUUGAUGUCACAGCUAAGGGAAUCUCAAAAAGUCAAUGAUCCUGCCUCAGACACAGAAGUCCAGAAACUAAAGUCUAGAAUGGAGCAAGCUAAAAAUGACAUGUCCCAGUUAGUGGGACUCCCAUCUCAUUUCUUAACAUUGGAGCAGGAAAUGGCUAGAAGAAAAGCAGAGACCACAACUAAAGAGUUAUGGUACUUUUUAAACUCGCAGAUGGAUAAACUCAUCAGAAUGGGUGUUGGGGAGGAGUCCCAUGUGCUGAAGUUAAAAAAAGAUUUGGAAGGCUACCGCAGAACCAUGAUGGAUGAUUUUGAUGCAUUACGUAAAGUUAAUAAUGCUGAUCAAUGGCGACUUGCAAAAUCAAAGGAGUUAGGAGAUUUAGUUCAGAGGAGAUUUGAAUACUUACAGAAUCCCACAGACUGCAGUGCUGCCAAAAAGAUUGUCUGUAACCUCCAUAAAGGCUGUGGGUUUGGUUGUCAGCUUCACCAUAUUGCUUACUGCCUGAUAGCUGCCUAUGCCAUGGAAAGGACAUUGAUACUGGAAUCCAAGGGCUGGAGAUACUCUCCUAAAGGCUGGGAGACUGUAUUUGAGCCUCUGAGUAAAACCUGUACAGAAGAUAGUAGUGCAUCAAGGACACACUGGGGAGCUUCUAGCGACAUGGACAAAUAUGAUGUCAUUGAUUUGCCUAUAGUUGAUAGUUUGUAUCCUCGACCUGAUUUUAUGCCACUGGCUGUGCCUGAUGACCUGUACAAGGAGCUGGCUGUCUUCCAUGGUGACCCUCCAGUGUGGUGGAUAGGCCAGAUCAUUCAUUACCUCUUCAGGAUGAAGCCAAAUGUACUGAAAGAUGUAGUGAAUGCUGGGAAAAAGAUGGGCUUUAGGGGAACUGUUGUAGGGGUUCAUGUAAGGAGGACAGACAAAAUCAACUUAGAGGCUGCCUACCACUCUCUAGAUGAGUACAUGAUUCAUGUCAAGGAGUUUUAUGACCAGUUAGAAAGGAGGCAGCCCAACAUUACAAGACGAGUCUAUCUGGCUUCAGAUGAUUCCAGUGUACUGCCAGAGGCCAAAAGCAAGUAUCCGGAGUAUAAAUUUAUUGCAGACAUCACUAUCAGCCAAUCUGCUGGUCUGGGAACCAGGUAUUCAGAUGGCUCAUUGAGAGGAGUCAUUAUAGAUCUGUACUACCUGGCCCGUUGUGACUAUCUGGUCUGCACCUUUUCUUCACAGGUGUGUAGGGUGGCCUAUGAAGUAAUGCAAACCCUUCAUGGAGACGCCUCUAAUAAUUUCAGGUCACUUGAUGACAUAUUUUACUAUGGAGGUCAGGAUGCCCAUGAUGUCAGGAUUAUAGAAGGACACCCAUCUAAUGGAGAUGGUGUCAUGGAGAUAAAGCCAGGAGAUGCUGUAGGUAUUGCAGGCAAUCACUGGAAUGGUUACUCCAAGGGAGUGAAUCGCAGGACUGGUGUCUCAGGACUAUUCCCAACAUAUAAAUCAAAGGAUAUUGUAAAGACUGUGAAAAUGCCCACAUAUCCACAAGUUCCUUGGAAGGUCAGGUGAUGGCCUUUCAGUUUUGUUUGUCAUGUUAUUUAUACUGCAUUUGUUGUCAAGGGCACUGCGCCGGGGGGAAGGUGAUAUUUGCAUGUUACCACUGUGUGUUGUAUUAACAACAAAUAUCCAUUGUGGCUUGAUUAUUUCAUGUAUUAUUUAUUAUUUUAUUUAUCAGACAUGUUUGAAUUUGAAUUGAGAUGCAAUGUUUGACAUUGACUUGACUACAAGAGUGUAUUUAUUGAAGGCAGUAGCCAAGUUUGUCAUUGGCUUGACUACAAGACAGUGUAUUUAUUGAAGGCUGUAGUUUGUCCAACUAAUGUGGUUAUUUCAUUUAAUAGGAUAGAGUUGUUCUCUUUUCCUUGCUCUUUUAUCUGAGAAAUUGUUUAUAAGGACUUCCAGGAAUCUAUAAAACAGUGGAUUGGAAUUUUAUAACAAAGUAAAGCUUUCUAAAUAGACUUUUUAAAUAAAAACAUAUAUAUAUAUAUAUAUAUUAAAUUUGAUAGCAAAAUUUUACACCAAAAAUUGUUUUUUUGAUUAUAGUAUUUUUUGUUCACUAUAUUGAAUCAGUGUACUCUGUUGACUGUGGAUAUUGUGUACAGAUUUUUUUUCUUAGUUGUACACAGUUAAAGUUUUAACUGUUAUGUGAUUAAUGCUUGAAUGUACACAUGUACAAUGUAUUUUCUCAAAUAUGUAUAUUCACAUACAUAUGUCUUUUAUAUUUAUGUACUCAUGGGACAAACUAAACCAAAGAAAUGAAUGAGCAGAAUUUGAAUGGGAUACUAGAAAUAAUGUCUGUCACGUUACUGUGGCAUCUUCAAUGACUAUUUGUACACCAAUUGCUCAUGUGAUAUUAUAUUUAAUUAAUAGCCCCCCCCCCCCCCCCUUUUUUUUCUUUAUUUUAAAGAGAAAUGGAAAUUUUUAUCAUUUGAUUUUUAGAAUGUUUUCAUUAUAUGAAUCAUUUGUUGACCAACAUACAGUUCUAUAAAAACAUGUUUGUUUCACCAUUUUUGUUGUUACAUUACAUUGUUAGAAGUAAUUAUCUACCAAGGAACUCUUUUUUAAGCCCAGCCACAGCCAGCAGGUAUUAGAGACUGAAAACAGAUUAUUUAUCUGUUAAACAUUACACUUACAAACAAUAAAUUCGUUGAUAAUUUAUUAUUAUUGAACUGGUCACUCUUAGAAAUAUAUUUGAGACUUUAUCUUGAAGUAGUCAUUUAAAGUAUGUCAUUUUUUUUUUAAUUCAUUACUUUUGUAUAGCAUGCAUGCUCAGUGCACUCAGGUCCAAUUCUUUUUGUGGACUUGUGAUGUGGUGGCUAUCUGGUAGAAAGUUCCUUUAGAAGUUCAGCAACCACAACUCAGCUCUAAUCUGGAUUUGAAUUUGAUCCUUUUUGCUAGGUAGCAAUGAGGUUUAGGCCACACAGCCACACAUCAUUACUUUUGAAAGGGAGGUAAUAAAGUGCUUUGGUAGGGGGGAUAAUCAGGGUAAACUUUUGUCAAGUGCUGUGAUUUGUUUUUUUUAAAUCAGACUCAAAUCUCAUUGCUGUAAGUAGGAUGUUAGUGUUAGUAUUACAAUUAGUAUUUAUAGACAAAUGUUGCUCAUUGACAUUUAGGAAAGCUGGGAUAUGCUAGACAAUUAGCUUGUUAACAGUUUUGUUGUUGACAUUAUGUUAACAUUAUGUAUAAUGUAUCCUAUAUUCACAAUUUUUAUUUAGUGAUUAAUGAAGCUUUUUUUUUUUUUUUUUAAUUGAAUGAACUGAUCUCUUUCAUUGUCUAGCUAGUUGAAUUUGAGUUUUUUUGUUAUUUUGAUUCUGGUUUGUGUACUAACUACAUUCAUUGUGACUGUUCAGAUUAUCCUUUUACUGGAACAGGAAUGUUGGGUUUAUUUGAUGGAAUAUCUUUUUUUAAACCACAGUGACAGAUAUUCUACUCUUUUAAUGUGUUAUUGUCAUGAAUGUUGAAUAUCUAUUUCAUAUCACAUCAACAGUUUAUUAUUGUCUUAACCUUGUUUACUAACAUUGACCACAUUUGUUGUUGUGCUUACACCAUGAUCAGUUCUUUCAUUGCAUUGCAUUAGACUUUUGUUUUUCGGUUGCAUUUAAUUUUGUGCAGACUAAUGGCGGGACUUUUUUUUUUUUGUUACACACCAGCUUUGCUGCUACUUUGUUUGACAGAAGACACAGUUGUGUUUGAUCCCAUCAUGCUUUGCUUAGUACUUCUUCUUGUGUUAGGAUUGGCUGAUUUGUUGAUUGUUAUUUCAAUUUCUUUGAAAUCCUUUGAUUCAAUGGGAACUAUUCCCUGACUUUGUUUGAUUGGAAUGUUUUCUGUGAUGACAUAGAAAGAACAUCCUACACCUUUUUUUUACUUCUAUACAUUUCUGGGCCACAUUUUAACUGAUACACUUUUUAUUCAAAUACCAGUACAUCUGCUUGUCCUUUGUUUACUUUAGUUGGCAACAUCUAGAACUCAGGUUUUCAAUUCAGAAUUAGACUGGCUGUCAGCCCAAUGACUACACUAGUUGAUUGGUGUAAACAGCAAUGUUUUGACACAUUAGGAGAUUUUUGUUGGACCAGUUGUAGUGUUGUUAUAAUUGUUUACUGUCCUCAGCAACAACUACUUCCACAUCUUUGUCCUCCUUCCCCUUCUCCUGGAUCCUCUUCUCAGAUUUAAUCUUUAGUGACAAAAAUAUUUGUUAAAAAAAAUGUAGACAACUUAAAUAAAAAAAUGUAUGUGCAAUGAUUGUAAUUAUUGAUGUGAUUAGAUAGAUGCUUUACACACAUAUUUUAAUAUUUGAUUUUGUUUUGCUUCUCUAGUCAUGAACAUUUGAUUGCUAUAAAUGUAAACAAUUUUAAUGUUCAUUUAAUGCUUUAUUUAUUUAUUUUUGUACCAAACUGUACCAUUGAAUGUGUUGUUAGUGUUGACAGUUGUUGAAACAUUGUCUGUUCUAAUUGUUUCAAUGAAGAGUAUUCAACUAAAUUGCCAUUUGUACAAAGUCUGUUGGGAACAAUGGAACUACUUAAGACACUGGAAAGGUGCAGUGGUUAAAUGUAUGCUGAUAUCAAAAGGGACAUUUACUGGUGAAGUAUUGUGUGUCUGAUGUCAAAGCUAAUGUUUGGCAAGUUUUGUUUGAAGUCUCUUGUGUUAAGAUUUCUCUCCCCUCCAUAAUUAAUCAGAUUUUGAUUUUUGUGUCUGUCUGGAUCUAUGUAGAAAAUGCAGAAAAGUUUGAUGUACUAGAGUUGAAAGGUCAUACAGUUUCAUGCUUGUCCCAAUUAAUUUUAAAUGAUCAAUUUGUGUCAUUCGCACCCUGAAAAAGUUUAAAUUUAGUUCUAGCUAGAAAACAGUUAACAGGAAGAAGUCUUAGUAGUAGUGUCAGUAGUUUGUGAUGGGGCUAAUGUUCUUGUAUUCCACUAGAUUUGUUACAGUUCACAUGAAGUUAGUGCUGUUAAAACAAAACAAACAAAUACAAAGCAUCAAGUCAUGAUAACAUUCGUGUGCUCUACAGUGUGAUUAGUUUGAGCACUCUUGGGGAGCUCACAAUAAAACGUACACAAUCAAGUGUAUUUUUUUACUAAUGAAAUUCUCCCAAUGUAAUCUAGUAAUGCAAGGAAUAGCCCAGUCCUCCAAUCAACAAGUAUAUAACCUUUAUGUAUCACAUUGUUCAGUUUUGAAGCUAGUUGAGUUAGAUCUCUGAUAGUAUAUAGACAAAGGACUGUACCAGUAGAUGUUUAAACUGAUAGUAUAUAGACAUUGGACUGUACCAAUAGAUGUUUAAACUGAUAGUAUAUAGACAUUGGACUGUACCAGUAGAUGUUUAAACUGAUAGUAUAUAGACAUUGGAAUGUACCAGUAGAUGUUUAAACUGAUAGUAUAUAGACAUUGGACUGUAUCAGUAGAUGUUUAAACUGAUAGUAUAUAGACAUUGGAAUGUACCAGUAGAUGUUUAAACUGAUAGUAUAUAGACAUUGGACUGUAUCAGUAGAUGUUUAAACUGAUAGUAUAUAGACAUUGGAAUGUACCAGUAGAUGUUUAAACUGAUAGUAUAUAGACAUUGGACUGUAUCAGUAGAUGUUUAGACUGAUAGUAUAUAGACAUUGGAAUGUACCAGUAGAUGUUUAAACUGAUAGUAUAUAGACAUUGGACUGUAUCAGUAGAUGUUUAGACUGAUAGUAUAUAGACAUUGGAAUGUACCAGUAGAUGUUUCUUUCAUUAGUGAUUUCAAUUGAACCUGCUCACUUUGUACACAUAAACUCCAUGCACUCUCUCACUCACACAGAGACUGCCUAUAAAUGUUUUCAGUUUCAUUAUCAAGUAUUAAAAAUGUUUAAAAGAGAGAACUACACAAAGGGGGGGGGGUUGUAACUGUCUGCUUGAUGUCUAGGCUCUGUGCAUGGAAAAUGGUUUGGUCAAGUUUGCUUUUAAUUCCUGAUGUUGUGGAGAAAGAAAGAUAAUUUUAGCUUGUUGUUAUGAAAUUUUAGUUCAAUGAUUGUGAAAGAAAAAUGUUAUGUUUUUUUUUUGCUUGACAUCAAGAAUUUCUGGAGAGUCUGUUGGUGUGCAUCAAUUCACCUACCAAUGUUCUCUUGUUGUUACAAAUAUGACAUAGUAAAUGUAUCAAGUGUAAUGGUGAGAGACAGUGCUACUGGCUUGUACUAAAUAAAUGUAAGGAUGUGUCAUGGAUCUUGUCAGAGGGAGUUUAAACAUGUAAAAAACUAAAUUAAAAAAAAUGUUUCAUUUAAUUUUUUAGAUUACAUUUGUGCAUUUUAAUUAAGAAUUUCUUGAUUUUUUAUGGAUACAGUUUUUUAAAACUGUUGUGUUUUUUUUUUGCCGGUAAUUAAAAAUGUUUUUAUGCAAAUAUUUUACUUCGGAAACUGGCAUCUUUUUCUCAAACAUUGUUUACGUGAUUGUUUAUCUCAAACUUUUAUGAUCAGAGUGCAUUAAAAAUACAUUUAGAAAGUUAUCAGUGGUAAAUUCUUUUUCUGAAUCCUAUGAUAAAUCUUUUUAUUUUUUUAAAAAUAUUUUUCCAUAAGAGAUUAGAACAUUGGACUUACAAACCAGUGUCAUGUUAAGCAGCCAGAGAAUCUAGGACUUACUUGUUACAUUUGGUAAUGUAACCCUGGAUAACUGCAGUGUAAUGUCUAUGCUAAUUGCUUUCAAUUAUUAAUUUUUACUUGCCAAAACAAAAUGGCAAUACAAUAAAAUAAAAAUAAAUCAUCUUUUUUUUUUUUUGAAUUAAUUUUUUUUUUUUUUUUAAAGAUUUAGAUUAUUGAUUUUAUGUACUGUGUUGUUCUCCCAGUACAAGGUAUGUUAUUUAGUGGUUGCAACUACAGCUAGAUAACUGCUAGUUUAAUUCACUUUCUUAUAAUUUUACUCCAAUGCCAUUUGUAGUAUUAAAAUGAGUAGCUUGACAAAUGAAUACAAGAAAACCAAAAUUGUGUACUAGUUCUGAUAUUUUCAUCUUUGAUUCUCACUUUUGUUAGAUUUAUAUACAAUGAGAUCCAUGACUCGAGCUGUAUCACUGUAUUUAUUUCCCUUUGGCUUCUGAGUUGUCUUUCCCUUGUCUCUUGUUAUGUCUCUAUUUAUAGACACGACCUCUUUCGUUAAUGUAUUUUUUCCCUUCUUAGUCAGUAUUUGUAUUUCUUCUUGUUUUCUCUUGGACAUUUAUUUCUCAUGAUGAAAUCAAAUUGUUUUAAAAUAAAACACAAACUAGUCA